AUGAAACAACCACUGUACAUCGCGAUUUAUGCCCUGUUGAUUACUUUGUGUUCCACGAAAGGCAACAGCAGCAGCAACAAAACCCCUGCGAAAGAGGUAUAUUACAAAUUAAAACAAAAGUUUUGAAUUUCUAUUUCUGAUCGAACUUCUGGCCCAUCGUUUUGACAGAACUAUCAAAUCUACAUGACACUUUUCCUGAUUACCAUAAACUGCCGCUUAUAAGCUAAGUUCUGUGCUUAUAUUAUACAUCUUGAUGAGGGGUUUAAGCAAGGCUUAUCAACGGAGACCGGCUUAUAUCUGAGGGGGAUUAUAACCGGUCGGACUAGAAAAAGGACAUCGGCGUGAAACAAGCUAUAGCAGUGCUAACCAAAGUACUUUUUGCAUUUACUGGUUUUAAAUUAAGCUCCAAAACUUUAUAAAAAAUCGAAUUAAUUUCAAUACAAGCUAGAGGAGGGCUUACAUCCGGGGGCUUAUAAUCGGAGGUAUUUUUUUGUUUACAUCUAGAUGGGCCUAUAACUGGGGGGGGGGGCUUAUCAGUGGGGAAGGGGUCGGGGCGGGGGGGUUAUAAGCGGCAGUUUACGAUAUUUUACGGGAUGCAAGAUGGUUAGUAGCGGAUCCAAUGACUGGCCACACAAAUGAGUUCCUCUGUCGAGGGCUCUCGGAACCACAACAUCAUACCCGCCAGUCAGAGAAUUAACUACAACAACAAAAUGCGGAAUUCAACGGAGGCCGAAGGUCAUGAAGUUUUGUAAAGCAAGCUGUAAAGCACAAGAAGCUUUUGCGUAUUAUUAAAGUGAAUUUUCCCCCUAAGUUUCAGUUUCAGCCGUUGAAUGUCCGUCGUUGGACGUAGGCCCUCUCCAUGACAUCGAGUGGACCACGUUUUGCACGUUUUGUUUGAACGUUUUGUGUUUUAAGGGAAACUAUCUAAACCGUCCCUCCAUCUCGUCCUUGAUCUUCCUUGGUUCCUUGCGUGUCCCCCUCACCUGGGAACAUAUAAAAUAUUCUUUCUCAGAAGUCAACAACCCCAUUGUUAUUUCUAAUCCUACUUCCAAUCUCCAAUACGUCGUGUUACGAUAUAAGUGACAGCGACAACAGGAAAGAAAAAAAUCACAUAUUUUCAGGCUACUUUUUCCCCUUUACUCAAAGCAGUUAGUCUGCUGAUUUAUUGACCAACUAAUGCGUUCAUGCUCCUUAAUAAUAGUGUACCCAACAGACAUCAUUUGGGUCAUGUGGUCACAGUGCUUGCUGCUCCUCACCAGGAAUUCCAGGGAUCCCAGGAAUCCCUGGACCCGCGGGAUCACCCGGCAAUCGUGGACCUGAAGGACCCACGGGCCCAAGAGGAAACCCAGGUGAUAAAGGAUCUCAUGGGAAGCAAGGACCUAAAGGAGAUACAGGACUCUCGGGUUCGACGGGUCUACCAGGAAGCAAAGGUGAACCGGGGAUCCAAGGACGCCCUGGACCCGCUGGACCAUCCGGCAAACAAGGACCUAAAGGAACAAGGGGACAAACAGGAAACAAAGGGGACAAAGGAUCUCGUGGAACGCAAGGAUCUAAGGGAGACACAGGACCCUCGGGACCAGCGGGUCAGGCAGGAAGCAAAGGUAAACCAGGUGCUCGUGGUAUCCAAGGUCCCCAGGGAACUCCUGGUUCUGCAAGUGCCUUGCGAAGUAAUUGGAAACAGUGUGUAUUUAAGAGUAUAAAUGAUGGCAGAGACACUGGCUUGAUCAAGGUAAACACUUAACUCUUAAUAUAUUUAUGUCACUGAAUAUUGCGCUUUUUGUCUUUGGAUAUAGGCGUGAAUCGCCCUGACAGGAUUUCGUACUAUAUUCCUGCAAAUAGAUUGAACUGGGGAAAGUAAAGUCUUGAUACUAAAAUACUGCUCUAGAACGAACCGUAACUAUUCAAUAACUUACAAUUCAACUCAACACUUUUUUAAGCCAUCCCUAUUGCUAAUCUUACAUUUUAUUAAAUGCUAUUAUUACUCAGAAUUUUCUUUCAAUAUUAUUUUAGAAAGAAAGUCAUAUAACCAUAGAUAGAAUAGCACCAUAGCUCCGUCAUACAACCAUAGAUUAAAAGCUGUACGCUUUUUAAAGCAUUGGCAGAUAAAAAGGUAAAGAGGAAGAAGAUAAACGCUACAAAGCAUCACGCGAGGCCGUUAGCUUAGGCCAUUAUAAAAAUGUUCAAUUUAAGCGUUAUUUCAGACGUGAAAAAAACAGCGUACAGAUGACAGAUGAGUAAGAAAGCAAAGAUUAAUUAAUAAGAGCCAAUAAAAUGGCAUGGAAGCUCUUUUAAACGCCAUACAUACGAGGUUUAGCUCAGUGAACAUUUCUCGCCAUCUGUCUUUGAAAAAUUUCCUGAAGUACAACAAGGGGAAACAGCUGACAAUUUAUAGGUCAACUGAGACAUGUUCUAACCAAUCAUCAGGAAGCUCAACGUGUUAUGGCAUCAUGUCAUUUAUUAGCCUCGGACGCGGCCUUUUCAUGUCAUACUGCGCAAAAACAGAUGCCUUUUUGUAUAAGCAACCAUGUUAAAUAUUGGUCGAUGUAAAAAUCCCUGAUAUCCGUAUUUACUAUACAGGUAACGAGGAAGAAGAUAAACGCCACAAAGCUUCACCAGGCCGUUAGGCCACUAUAUGAAUUUUCAAUUUAGGCGUUAUUUUAAUCAUUCCAUAGGAAUGUAUUUUCAAGAAAACAUCCGACAAUACAGCCUUGCGAGUCUUCUGGAAUGGCGAUUUCCGUGUCACUAACUGCCACGACUGCUGCCAUCGGUGGUACUUUACCUUCAAUGGUGCAGAAUGCUCGUCCCCGGCAGCCAUUGAUGGUGUAUUUUUAGUGUAUCAUAGCACUAGCAUGAAAAGGAAUCCACAUCGCCCACGUCACAUUGAAGGAAUCUGCGAGAAGCUUCAUAAGGGCACGGUCCGCGUGGGAUUCUGGGUCGGUAAGUGCCCUGGUGGUAUGAAAACUGGCGACGCGUAUACAGGCUGGAACUCAGUCUCCAAGAUCUACAUAGAAGAGGUGGCUCCCCCACAGCCGUAA